AUCUAGAAGAAAAAAAUCCGACGUUUACUCUGUCAAGUAUUUAUUAAAUAAAUUUAUUUUGAUAAAGUUCACAUUUACAUAUUUCGAUAAGAUUCCAAAAGAAAACUAACCAGUUUAAGUUCGAUACAGAAUCUACCUUACUUGACAUAAUUUACUGGCGAUGUGAAGCGGGAGUCGAUGUUUGUGGCUCCCGAUGCCGUUGAGCACAUGUUCAAGCGGGCUUAUCGUGACAGCGCUGGUGGCACUGCUUUUUCUACCAGCGCAGUAUUACGUACCAGACUUGUACUCCAAGUCCGAGGAGGAAUUCGAAACACCACAGACUCCCACUGUUUCCCCGCCAACAAACGCUUGGUUCGACCUUGCAUUCACUCAUUUUCCCCCUCUAGACAUAUUUUUUACACUCGUACUAUUGAUGUCAGCCUUCCUUACGUAUAUAUGCGAAUGGAUUCAAAGGAAAAUAAUGGAAAGAAGAAUAGUCAAGUUGAACCAGUACUUGUUUGCGAGCGUGGAGCGUCUCCGCGAGUGGGACGCCCGCCACGAACAGCUGGAAGCGACUCUGAAGAUGGUCCAGAACGCCACCGCGGAGUACAACCUACUCAUGUACUUACUCCUGCGGAAGCACCGCUGCUUGGCCGCGCACACAGGUCCCCCCUCCAACUGCUUCUUCGAUAAGGAGUUCGAGGAUGACCUUUUUUUAAGGAGCCCUACGGUCGAGCAGCCAGCGCUGUGACGAGCUGUAUUAUAUUUAAUAUUUCUGAUUCGUGUUUGAUUGUUGAAUAUACUUAUA